GGGGAGCGCAGCGCAGCGCAACGCGGCGCAAGCGGGGCUGCCGGGCGAGGAAGGCGGGGAGAGGAAGAGGCGCGCCUAGCCUCGCCUCGCCUCUCCGCCGGUGCUUCCCCUUUUCCCCCCAGGCCGCGCGGAGGACAGGAAGGGCGGCCCCGCUCCGCGCAGAAUGAAUGCACGUUGAUAUGGCUUUCAGAUGCAAGACAAAAACUUUGCAGGUGGUUGAUACCGAAUACAACGCAGACGCGGUAGAAUGGUGCCCGGUGGAAGGCUGGCACAACAUCCUGGCCUGUGGCACCUACCAGUUGAAGAAACCGGAGAGUGAGAGCCGUAGCGGGGACAGUGAACCCCCUGUGCAUCUAGGACGUCUCUACCUCUACUCCUUUGAAGAUCAAAUUUUCACACCGCUGACGGAGAUCCAGAGGCUGGAAACGGUGGCUAUAUUGGACAUUAAAUGGUGCCAUGUUCCCAUCGCAGGGCGUCCUGUCUUAGGCAUCGCAAAUGCCCAGGGAGUGGUGAAGCUGGCCCACUUGAUAGGAAGCGAGAAGAGUUGCAAACUACAGCCUCUGGGCAGUGUUGACCUGGGAGAUGACUGCCUUGCUUUGUCAUUGGACUGGUCCACGGGACGAGAGCCGUGCGGCCAACCCUUGCGACUGGUCAGCAGCGAUUCCAAAGGGAGAGUCAGCUUGCUGUCGGUGGAUGAAUCCGGUUCCUCGGUGGACGUCUUGGACCAAUGGAAGGGACAUGACUUUGAAGCCUGGGUCGCUGCCUUCGACUACUGGAACACGCACGUUGUGUACUCAGGUGGUGAUGAUUGCAAACUACAGGGCUGGGAUACUCGUAGCAGCUCAAGAGUUCCUCUCUUCACCAGUAAGCAGCAUUCUAUGGGGGUCUGCAGCAUUCAGAGCCACCCGCUGCGGGAAAAUCUGCUAGCUACAGGAAGUUACGACGAACACGUCCUUCUGUGGGACACCAGGAAGAUGAAACAGCCGCUGGUGGACACCCAUGUGCAAGGUGGCGUCUGGCGCUUAAAAUGGCACCCGUCCCGGGAGCAGCUGCUGCUGGCUGCCUGUAUGCACAACGGCUUUGUCAUCCUCAAUUGUCAAAAUGGUUCCGACGAGAACCCAGAGAAAUGCACCAUUCUUUCGUCCUAUGCCUUGCACAAUUCUUUGGCUUACGGAGCCGAUUGGUCUAAGCUUCCCCUGAGUGACUCUUUGGAGACGUCUACGGCUAUGCUGACAAUCCAGGAGGACCGAAGUGCGAGCCGGGAGGACCUGAAAGGGCAGAGCCUCAAGAUCGUUUACGAAUCCCCCACGGCCACCUUCGACGUGCUUCUUGAGGAGGAAGAGAAUCGACCUUCUGCGUCUCCACCCCGAGCGGAAGGUACCUUGGCCCCGCAACGGCCGCCUGGGGACGGAAGAGUUCCGGAUACCAAAGCCAACGGGGACGCCCGAGCAGCCAAAGUCCGAACGGAGACCAGCCUCUUAGCAACGUGCUCCUUUUACGACAACGUCCUACAUGUUUGGAAGUGGGAGGUUAGCCAGAGUUCCUCUCUGGCUUAAACCCCACCGUUGGGUGUGGAUGGGAAUUCCGCCGUAUAUUCUGCCUUUUUUUUAUUUUCUAUCCGCAGAGAGAGGAACAUGUUGGACGGACGGACUGACUUCGGACCGAAGGGAAUAUUUGUAGCUCAGUGUUGAAACUGAACUUUCGUCGUUUUACUGGCAGGCGUUUCAUUACCAAACUAGGUAACAUUAUUAGAGCUAGAAGGGAGCGCAGUCUGCUGUGUGGAAGAGGAGGACUGUAGGGUUUUUGGGACUCUUUUAUGAGCCGGGUUGCUUUCCUGCCGACGUUUCAUGACCCGACUAGGUAGCAUCAUCAGUGCUAAUGAGUGUGGUGGUUGCUCCCUGUUUAUAUACAGUAGCUUCUCCUUUCAGUCUCAGGGGAGGUGUGGUUUUCUCCUUCUCUUUUUGGUGUUAAAGGUAAAGGUUCCCCUCGCACAUACGCGCUAGUCGUUCCUGACUCUAGGGGGCGGUGCUCAUCUCCGUUUCAAAGCCGAAGAGCCAGCGCUGUCCGAAGACGUCUCCGUGGUCAUGUGGCCGGCAUGACUCGACACCAAAGGCGCAUGGAACGCUGUGACCUUCCCACCAAAGGUGGUCCCUAUUUUUUCUACUUGCAUUUUUUUACGUGCUUUCGAACUGCUAGGUUGGCAGAAGCUGGGACAACUAAUGGGUGCUCACCCCAUUACACGGCAGCACUAGGGAUUCGAACCGCCGACCUUUCAAUCGACAAGCUCAACAUCCUAGCCCCUGAGUCACCGCAUCCCUCUUUUUUGGUGUUAAUUCCUGCUUAUUUGGAUAUUGGAUGCCGGAUGCUAGUUGCAAGGUAAGCUGCUGAAUAUAAACAGGUAGCUCACUUGGUACUUCGGUACCUAGUCUGGUAAUGAAACAUCUGUAAGAAAACCAUGAAGCUCAGAAAGCAACAAGGACCCCAGAGUUCAAUUCCGAGCUACCAAUAUUCUCUUCGGUCAAUAUGUUUUUAUAUUACCGCUGGGAGCUUCCAGCAGCCAUGAUUUUUGAAGGCUCACUUGGUUCUUUUCAACAGCUUUUUUUGUACUGCAGAAAUAAGAUCGUUCAGGUUCCCUAAUUUCCUGUUAAUUCCACUUCUCCCCUAAGAUUUGACUCUUGCGACGUUCUCAAACACCAGCUUUAACAUGGGAUUGCCAUUUGGCUCUCCUUCCCCCCCCCCCAGAUAAAUAGGGAAUCCUGAAGUUCUAUUCAAGCUUGGGAAAGAGACUGAAAUUAAAAACGACAACCAGUGAUAAUCACAAAGAUGUUUUCUUGAAAUCCAAGCACAAGUUCUUUUGUGGUGAACAGCCUCUGAUAUCGAAGGGCAUAUUUAUGAUGUAUUUACAAAUUAUGACAUUUUCAUACAAACAUGCUCACUGGAUUGUAAAGAGCACCUUUCAACCAAAAUAUAUUUUUGACCUUUUUUACAAUAAAAUGUUGUCUUGUAAGA